GAUUGCAUGAGAGGCGCGAGAUGGCGCAUUUUAGCAACACCCCAUCUCCUCUCUUAUUUUUUUGUGUCUGGGUCCUUCGGCUUCAUUUGUUUCCCUCUUUAUCCCUCCCAAAACCUAAAAAGGCCCAUCCCAUCCCACCAGAGACUCUCUCUUCUCUUCUUCUAUAUCUCUUCUCGCAGCUUCCGUCUCUUCUCGCAGAUCUCACGCUCUCUUUCGUUUUUUUCCCCUUCUUCUCCUCUCAAAUCGAUCUCAUCGGUUUCUCGGUUGCUCGUCGAUUCCAGAUCAGAUCCAGGAGUUUUGCUGAUUGGUAGAAAAUCUUCCAGAAAAGAUGCAUGGCUAUGAACAAGACCUUGACGAGGAAGCUGGGUAUGACGACUAUUACAGCGAUGAUAAUGGAUUGGAUGAGUAUGAGGAUGACGAGGAGGAAGAACAAGAAGUGCCCCCGAAGGAAGAGUUGGAGUAUCUUGAGUUGCGCCAAAAGAUUAAGGAGUCUAUCAGGAAAAAACAGGGCAAAGGAAGUGUUCCUCCUCAGUCUUCACAAGACAGAAGGAAAAAACUCCCUUACAACGACUUUGGUUCCUUCUUUGGACCUUCACGGCCUGUAAUAUCCUCGAGGGUUAUACAAGAAAGCAAAUCCUUGCUGGAGAAUGAGAUAAAGAACUCCAACCAACCUAAGAAAAGACCUGCACCAACGAGCAGUUCGGGCGAUAGAAAUGUUACCCAGGAGAAGCGUCCUAAACCUGUGAGUGCCGUGAGAAGGAAAGUUGAGACUCUUAAGGAUACAAGAGACUAUUCCUUCUUGUUUUCCGAUGAUGCGGAGCUUCCUGUUCCGAAGAGGGAACCUCUGUCUCGAAGUGGCUCCUUUCGUAACUCUGAGUCUCAAUCUGCUCAAUUGUCAGCGAGGCCCAAACAACAAUCAUCAGGUAUCAAUGGUAGAGCUGCUCAUGGUCCCCCUCCUCGUGAGGAGAAGAGACCCGUUGUUUCAGCAAAUGGGCAUUCAAGACCAUCUUCCUCAGGCAGUCAAAUGAAUCAUUUGAGACCGGGUGCUUCCUCUGGAAGCAAAAUGCAGUCGAGACCUGUCUCAGGGAGACCAGCUUCCUCUGGUAGCAGCCAACUGCAGCAUUCAAGAACGACUCCCUCUGGUAGCCAAAUGCAGCAAAGGGCUGCACCCUCCGGCAGCCAAAGACCUGGUUCCUCAAUAAACCGCCAAGCACCCACAAGACCACAAGGUUCCUCGAUGAAUAGCCAAUCAGCUAACCGAAAUGGCCAACCAAGUUCGAGAUCAGCUCCUGCCAAGGUGCCGAUGGAUCAUAGGAGGCAAAUGAGCAGCAGUGGCCAUGGAGUUGGUCCUGCUAGGUCGGUGUCUACGUCUAAACCUUUACCUUCGAGGACGGCAUUGGAGAGAAAGCCCUCCAACUCGGCGGGGAAGAGCUCUCUCCAGAGUUCCCAGAGACCGUCCUCAAGACCAAUGUCAUCUGAUCCCAGGCAACAACGGCUUGCAGAACAACAGAGAAAGGUUUCUCGUGACCCUACCGCAUCCCGUAUGAUCCCAAAGCAAUCAGCGCCUACCUCAAAACACCAGAUGAUGAGUAAACCAGCGCCCAAGAGACCUCCACAACGUGAUAUAGAUGACCGGAGGCCACUGAAGAAGAAGAAGCCUGCAGUAAUGUCAGAGGAUGCUAAGGCAUUGAGCAUGAUUAGACAAAUGUUCAAUACCGAUCGUUAUGCGGGGCGUGACUAUGAUGACCGAGACAUGGAAGCGGGCUUUGAAGAUAUCAUGAAGGAAGAGAGACGAAGUGCGAGAAUCGCAAGAGAGGAAGACGAAGAGGAAGCGCGGUUGAUCGCAGAAGAAGAAGAGCGGGAGAGACAGAGGAAGUUGAGGAAGCUGAGGCGUUAAAAGUUAGCAGAAACCUUUCAUCUUUGUCUUCUUUUUUAUAUAUGACUUUUAAGUUUAAUGUUAGUGCUCCUCUCAUUCAAAUCUCUUUGGCCGCUUGAGGCAAAAGAGUUUUAACUUCUUUUUUUUUCAAAUUAAGAAUCUUUUGUUCUUGAAAUUGUACAAUUAGAUAAUAAUAUAUUUGUUGGGUCA